AUGCUGAUAAGCAUUAAAAGAAUAUAUGGUGCGAAACCGAUCGAAUUCGUCGAAGGUACGACUAUCGUGAGCUCGUGAAUCCUUGCCUAAAGAAAGCCCAGUAAGCGAGACAACAGGCUUGGGGGAGGCGCUUCCGGUAGGGGUCAUGACCGGCUCAGCUGGGUGCCAAGAGAUUGUGCAAAUAUCCCGGAGAAAAUGUUGGUGUAGGUGAGAAAGGUACGAUGUCGCUGUGAUCCUUUUUCAUGCUAGGUAGUCCUACCGGGGUUCGAUGCAGGGAAGAUUGUGAUUCGACUCAUUGAUAUCUGUAGCCUUAGAUGUAAUUUCAGCGUAGUAUCCAAUAAACUACGCCUCUCAGCACAUUUUACGCAAGAUAUCUCCUAUUUCAUGGUUUUGUUCCACAUACGCACAUCGAUCUAUCUUUCUUUAGUGUUGUCGUCGUUGUCGUCGGUCGUUGCUCUAUUUCCACGAAGUAAAGCGUCGCCGCAAGUCGGUCAGCUUCUUAGGGAUGUCCACUCUUUUGUAUCUCCUCUUAAACCUGUGCUGUCUGGUCAUUGCACAAGACAACCGAGACCCAGAUCCGAAUAAUCAGUUUGUUUUCCCACCACUUCCAGGUCCUCAAUACAGCAAUGAUCCCACAGUGUUCGAAAAGAAUCUCAACUUCACGGUUGGGAAAAGCCAAUCUCAACCGUUCAAAUGGAUAUCUAAUAUGACGAGCAUGAGUAUCAUACUCUGCCAGGAGGGGAACCCAGAUUCAGUCCAGACACAUACAAUCACUGAUUGUAUUGACGGUACUUCGGAAGAUUUUUUGUAUUGGGAUGGUGAUAUUGGUUCCAUUGAUCUUAAGAAUGGUUCGCAAGCUUAUCUAGGAGUAUGGAAUUGCUCCGACUUCACCACUCCCGUAUUCUUUUCGCAUUAUAUGAACCUAGUCGAAGCACCCGCGCAAUCAUCCACGACGAGUAGCUCUGCGACUUCUAGUUCAAGCACUGCAACUUCCUUACCUACGGCGGCUGCCACAACACCGGCGCCACUGACUACAUCUGGAGCGGGGUCCACUGACUCUCAGAAAUCGACCGAUUCGUCAUCUGGCGGUUCGAAUGCUGCGGCAAUUGGUGGUGGUAUUGGCGGUGGCAUAGGAGGCGCGCUCAUAUUGAUCGCGGCGGCAUUUGCUUUCUGGAAAUGGAAAAGCGGAAAAGCCAACAACCAGCAGCAACAACAGCCGACGCAGCAAAUCGCAAACUGGGCAAACAACGACUAUAACGCCAUGUCUGUCAGCUCAGGUUCGAACGUAUACAAACUACCCCACCAAACCCCGGAGCUCUAUUCAAGUCCACACAGCGUAUCAGAACUUCCUCAAAGUGGUGGUGGAAAUGGGCCGUACCCUGAGCAACGAUAUGAAAUGUCAUCAGAACGGCUCUAGAAAUUUUAAGCGGAGGAUUUAAUAAAAAUAUUUACGGAUAUGAUGUAAAGAUAAUUUGGAGGUAUACCCGGAGGCAUUUUUGCUUAUAGAUGGAAAAACUUGUAUUACUAUACUCCAUAGAUAUUGCCACGAAUUGAGAAGAUUACGGUUCACUGUCUUGCUACAAAGAAUGAACAUGCUCUGAUUAUGUCAUCAGAAAACAGCGAAG